CCUCUUAUACAAUCAACCAGUAUUAAUUACGACAAACUACACUGAAUACAUUUUAUUUUGUUAUGAAUGAAUGGACAUGGGGUCGAGCCUUCCAUAGCUGGCCGUAAUGGUUCUGUAACAAAGCAACAUUGGAGAAAGCGAAGUGCUAUUGUCUCUUCGCAGGAUGUAAAGGCGGUGCUACAAUCAAUAGAAGGACAAGACGAUACAGAUAAAUCUACUGAGAGUAACGACUCUCGAAAGAAUGCUCGAAAGAAAAGGCAGUUUAUUUAUUACUCGUUAGUGGGUGUUUUGAGUUUAUUCGUUGGAAGCCUUGUUUUAUACUCAUUUUACAUUUUUAUAAAUAAGCAUAAAUUUCGUGGAAUCGUAACACCAACUGAAAAACAUCGACUCAGUACGUCUCAAUUCGAUGAUGGAAGCUUGAUGCCUUUUGUCCAGGAAAUUGAAUGGGUUAUUUCGAAGGAGGGGGUAGUGCUAUAUUACGAUCGAAGUAAUUUUCUUCCUGUAUUCUUUCUUCCCCAUGGUAAUCCAAGCGGACCUAGCAUGCAUCUUUCGGCCUUCCAUAUAAAAGAAGUUUGCAACUCGCUAACACAAAAGGUGGUUUCGUCCGAUUUGGAAUAUGUGGCAUAUUUCUGCGGUAGAAAAAAGAGGUGGAGAUAUUCAGUGUACAACGAAAUAUUUAUAUUGGAACGAUCCACUGGUCGAGUUACCACUCUCAAGCAAAAUUCUCAGAUUAUCGUGGCAGAAUGGGCACCUGCUGGCCAUCGAAUGGCUUUCGUAGAUGGCUCUAACCUGUAUGUUUGGGAAGGAUUUGAUCUUCCGAUUAUUCCAGUUACGGAAGUCGAAGAGUCUGAAUAUAUUAUGAACGGAAUAGCAGAUUGGCUGUAUGAAGAAGAGAUUUUGAUGUCACCAACUGCUUUGUGGUGGUCAAAAGAUGGUACUUGUCUUUCUUAUUUAUCGUUUAACGAUUCUCUUAUACCAAAAUAUAUCAUUUCUCAGAACGUUAUCGUUCCAGCCCAAGGCGAUGCAUCUGCGAACCAAGAUCUGUUUCGUUAUCCUCGACCAGGUGAUCCUAUUCCAAUUGUUCAGUUAUUGGGGGUUUGUUUUUCUCCUGAAUCUGUUACGCAUCAUCAUUUUUUUACUGCUGAAGAAUCUCCUUUAGAUGAAUUUUACAUCCAGGAUGUUUCUUGGAUUCAGGAUGAUUCAGUUAUGUUCGUUGAGACCUCAAGAGGUUCUUCACGCAGACUGACUCAUAAAUACGAUUUGACUACUUCCAGUCUUGAGACUCUAUAUGAAGAGGUGGAAAAGUACACUUUACCUCCAUGUUCCUCAUCACAGAUACAAAGCGUCGUCUGGCAGUCAAAAACUGGUUACGUACGUUACAUGGGCAAUCCACAAAGGAAAAGGCUGGCAUUUUUUAGUUUUGACGAUGAUAAUUUUGUGUAUAUAACGCCAGAUGAUUUAUAUGUUUUGGAAUUUUGGUUGGUUGAAAAGUUUAUAUUUUACACUGCUAUCCGUCCAAGUAGUUCUUAUGUUAGUAUUCUCUGUUUAUCCACCGAGUUUGCAGCUCAAGUGGAAAUUGAAGUACCUCCUUCUAAUGGCGCUAAAUCUGUAAAAAUUUCUCCUGAUGCGAACUACAUGCUGCUUAAUUAUUUGGGUCCUGGAAUACCCACCCAGGCUAUUUAUUCAUUGAAUGCUUGUUUAGGUGACUGGAUGAAUAGUAUUUCUACUGGUGAUGUCUCCUGGAAUGGAGGGCUCAUUCCGACAUUACUUUACAUUGUGGAAGAUAAUAAAGAACUACAUACUGCUGCUCUGAACUAUGAAUUUCCUUCAAAAUAUACCGAAAGUGUGGAUAUUCAUAAUAUCACCGCAUUCUUUCAAGAAAUAAGGCCAAAAAAUUUUGAUCCGCGGAAAAAAUAUGCCACCGUUUUCGAAAUAUAUGGAGCACCGGGUUCGCAAUUAGUCACCGGAAAAUAUGAGAUGGAUGCGAACGAACUGAUGGCGUCGUCCUUGGAUAUUCUAGUUGUGAAAGUGGAUCUUAGAAAGAUAACUACAAGUAAUCUGUUGGGAAAUGACUUUCUAGCUUUGCCCGGCUACUGGGUCGAUAUACUUGAAUGGUAUACUCAUAAGCCCUAUAUUGAUAAUUCACGACUGGGAAUUUGGGGAUGGAGUUUUGGAGGUUACCUUGUUCUAAAGAUUUUAGAAAUUACCGAUAUGAUAUCCUCCGCAUUAGUCGUAGCUCCUGUUGUGGAUUGGCGGUUUUACGAUUCCUAUUAUGCAGAAAACCUUCUAGGUGCUUACUCUGCGGAUACUAAAGAUAGAUACGAACAGAGUGCUUUACACAUAUCUGAAAAUAUAAAAAAUAUACGAAGUAUUUUAAUUAUUCAUGGAGCUAAAGAUGAUAAUGUGCACCUCGAAAAUACGUACCACUUAACGUCUUCACUUAUUAAAAACAAUAUGGAGAAUUUUGUGCAAUUAAUUAUUCCUGAAGCAAAUCAUGACUUUUCUAACAUUCAAGUGUACCCUUAUUUGAAGAAGAAAAUUGCUACCUUUUUUGGCAGUUGUUUUCAACAUUUGUGAAUAAAUUUUCUUUUGGAAGUUCAGUAA